AUGGGCGACCCUAGCCCCGAGCUCGGCCCGCAGCUCGGCCCUCCGCUCAGCCCGCAGCGCUGCCCCGCGGCCGCCACGGAGCGCGAGGUGCUGCUGGCGGUGCAGCGGGCGCUGUCGGAGGAGCAGUUCCAGACCUUCAAGUACUUCCUGGAGGAGCGGCUGCCCUUAUCGCGGCUGCAGCCGGCCACGCGGCCCGAGCUGUGCGCGAUGCUGCUGCAGCAUUUCCCGGGCCGGGCGCUGCACGUGGUCGCCGCGAUCCUGCGCCUCCUGCCGCGCCGCGACCUCAUCGCGCGGUACCGCCUGCCUGGCGAGGACGCGGCCGCCGCCGUUCCCGGAGAGGUUGCCGGGAGCGGCUCUCGGGAAGCAGGCGAUCCUCGGGAUGUCGCCGGCGGCUCUCCGGACGUCGCCGCGGACCCGGCGGGAUGCGGCGGCGACCGGCUUUUGUCGGAGCGGGACCUGCUGCGGGUCGCGCAGCUGCUGGGCCACGAGUGGCAGGAGGUGGGCGUGCUGUGCCUGGGGCUGCGGCGCUGCCUCCUGGAGCAGAUCCGCGAGAACAACCCGCACCGCACCGCGCUGUGCGGCUUCGAGAUGCUGCGCGAGUGGCGGCGGAGGGAGGGCGCUGCGGCCACGGCCCCCCGCCUGCGCGAGUGCCUGCGCCCGGCGCGGCUCGACCCCGAGGUGUUCGCUCUGCUGCAGCAGCUGUAG